AUGGUUCGCAGCAUAAAAAAUCCAAAGAAAGCAAAGAGAAAGAACAAGAAACGAGAUGGGUCAUCUUCUUCAUCAAUACCAACCAAGCCUACAAAGGUUUGGCAGCCAGGUGUUGACAACCUUGAAGAAGGUGAAGAACUUGAGUGUGACCCCACCGCUUACAAUUCCCUUCAUGCCUUUCACAUUGGUUGGUCCUGCUUAAGUUUUGAUGUAGUACGCGAUUCACUUGGUUUGCUUCGGACUGAUUUUCCACACACUGCGUAUUUUGUUGCUGGAACUCAGGCAGAUAAACCUGAUUGGAACUCAAUUGAAAUAUUUAAAGUAUCUAAUAUUUCUGGUAAAAGACGCGAAUUGGUGCCCAUGAAAACUACAGCCGGUGAGUCUGACAUGGAUGCUGAUAAUAGUGACAGUGAUAGUGAUGAAGAUAGCGAAGAUGAAGAAGAGGGAGGAUCGGCAGCACCAGUUUUGCAGUUGCGCAAGGUUGCUCAUAGUGGAGGUGUUAAUCGUAUUCGUGCAAUGACACAAAAUCCCCAUAUUUGUGCUUCUUGGUCAGAUGCUGGUUACGUGCAGAUAUGGGACUUCAGCACUCAUCUGAAUGCUUUGGGAGAGUCAGAAACAGAAGUUCUCCGGGGAGCUUCAUCAGUUUUUAAUCAGGCUCCUUUAUUUAACUUCAAAGGGCAUAAAGAUGAAGGCUAUGCUAUAGAUUGGAGUGCUCGUGUCGCUGGAAGGCUGGUAACGGGUGAUUGCAAGAGCUGUAUUCACUUAUGGGAGCCCACUUCUGGUGCAACAUGGAAUGUUGAUGCUACUCCAUUUACUGGACAUACUGCAAGCGUAGAAGAUCUACAAUGGAGUCCAACAGAAGAUCAUGUGUUUGCUUCUUGUUCUGUGGAUGGGCAUAUUGCAAUAUGGGAUGCACGUCUGGGGAAGUCACCAGCUAUUUCUUUCAAGGCACAUAAUGCAGAUGUGAACGUGCUCUCAUGGAACAGGCUGGCCAGUGUCAUGUUGGCAUCUGGAAGUGAUGAUGGAACGUUUUCUAUUCGUGAUCUUAGAUUGUUAUCUCCAAAAUCGGAAGAGGAUAAAUCUUUAGUGGCACAUUUUGAAUACCAUAAACAACCUAUCACAUCCAUUGAGUGGAGUCCGCAUGAAGCCUCCACAUUGGCAGUUUCAUCAUCUGACAAUCAAUUAACAAUAUGGGACCUUUCUCUGGAAAAGGACGAGGAAGAGGAAGCAGAGUUCAAAGCCAAAACACAAGAGCAAGUAAAUGCCCCUACAGAUUUGCCGCCUCAACUUCUGUUUGUUCAUCAGGGACAAAAAGACUUGAAAGAACUUCACUGGCAUGCUCAGAUUCCAGGAACGAUUGUGUCUACUGCUGUAGAUGGUUUUAACAUCUUGAUGCCUUCUAACAUACAGAGCACUCUUCCCUCUGAAGGUGCUUGA